AUUUUUAACCGGUUUUUGUCAAUUAUGCAAACUGCGCAUGCGUUUUUUGUCUGGUCAUCAUGGCGGCCACCAUGUACAGAGGAAGAAGCCUGAGACGAUCAAAAGGCCGCCAUGAUAGUGGAGAUACUGAUGUACCACUGGAUUUAAGCAAAGCUCCAAGGGAUAAUGUACAGGAGAUUCUUACAAGCCUGACCAGAAACAGUGGCCUCACUAAAGGAAAGAAACUUGGACAUCUCAAUAAUUUUGUCAAGCUUAUCAACCAUGUAUCCAACCUUGACAAGCUGGGCUAUUCAGUUGCAGAGGUCAUAUGUUGUUUACGCCUUGCAGUGGUACAUCCAGCCAAGGAGAUUCGAGGAGCGGGGUUGAGGGCGCUUCGCCACCUUAUCCAGGAUGAGACCACAGUCCAGGCCAUGCUGGCCCUCCAUGUUGAUCGUCUUCUCAUGCGAUCCUUGGACAUCUAUCAGCGGAACGAUGUAGAGAGGAUACAGGCUCUUAGAUUUAUCAGAAGGAUUCUUGCCGUCGCCCCCGCCUACUGCCCAGUCUCGCUAGUCCAUAUCUUGGUUGCCAUUAGCAACAGCGAUGACAAGGAACGGGAUCGGAUGAGGAACGCAUGCGUAGCGACACUCUGUGAACUUGCUGUUCUGAAUCCUGCUGCCUUUGCCCAUGCGCGAGGACUAGGAGCCCUGGUACGUAACAUCCUAGACAUGCAGCUCUUGAGGAUCAACGAAGCUGUCAUGUUGACCCUUCUACAUCUCCUCAAUCACCCUGCAAGCAGGAGGUUCAUCAGGUUCAAAGUCGACAUUGAGCAAGUAAUAGCUCCGUUCACAGACUUCAACUACAGACAUACUGGAGAUUCAUCUGAAUCUCAAGCAAGUGAGAAAGAGGGUCUAUACCAAGCCAGUAGGAUGGCUAUUGUUACUCUGCUUAGAUCAUGGCCUGGUAUGAUACGGCUAUGUAGAUCUGAUGCCACUGGGUUACAGUCCCUCCUUGCCAUCCUGUGUGUACACAAUGAUGAAAACAGACGAUACCUCCUGGAAGUGCUGUAUGACAUCUUUUACCUGCCAAUUCCUGAAUGGACAGAGGACUUUGCCACAGCACUACAGAGUAUAGAUUCUUGCCAAAUGAAAAGUUCCUGGAACCUCACAGAAGGUUUUGUUGUUGCCGAAGCUUUGGACCUGCUUCCAAACAGGGCCAUCACCAGACCAAACCUGACAGAGAACCACUUAGCCCUGCUCCUCCUUGCCUUUAUUAAUGCUGGUCUACUAGAGAGUCUCGUUGAGGUGGUGACAUCUGACAAUGCUAAUCUGUCCAUUCAAGCUACCAUUUUGCUUGGUGAAUUGUUAUAUAUGGCGGACAAGAUACUACCUCCAGAAUGUGAACAACAUCAUCACUGCCUACCGACACUCAUGACACUUGCUGCAUCUUUUGAUGUGCCACUACUUCAGAGAAAUCGUGCGAGUGCUGCGGUGACCAAUCUCGAGCGGCAUCACGAGAUGAAGAAACGAGGAGUAAUACCGUGCAGCCUCUAUCUGGACCACAUCCUCAGCAACUCAGACAUGUUUGUCACCCAGAGGGUGGUAGCCGAUAAGAGCAAGGAUGUACCGGUGGUAUCAAGGUCGCGAAGCAGAUCGUUCUCCUCACCCUUGGGAAAGUCAUCGUCCUGGGACAAGAUAUCAAAUCGGUCAACGCAGGAGAAUGAGGAUUCCGCAGUUCAGACCAUGAUCAAGGAAACCUUGGUCCUGACGACCAAAGACUACUCCGUCUGGAACUGGGAACUUAUUGGAGGAGCAAUCAAGAAAGGAGGGGCGACUUUGAAGAAAUUUGAGGAUGCUAAUGUUAACAGAUUUUUUCGUCGGUUGGUUGAGUUCUACAAGCCGAUGAGUAAGCAGUACUCUGUGAUCAGUCUCGGGCAGGAACUGGGCCGAUCUAGUGAAAUCCAAAGCUAUACCAUCAUUGGAUGUCAGCUACUCAACUUUCUUCUUAAUUGUGAUGAAACUGAUGCAGAGAAGCUCCUGAUGGAGCUAGCCGUGGAUAUUGGAGAUUGUCUCCUGGAGAUCAGCAUGGCUCCUCGUAAUGAGCUCCCUCCGCAGGCAGUCUUCAGCCCAUCAAGUAUACAGACCACACUCAGUCAGGAUUACUUUCUACUGGUUGGAAAGCUCUCAAAGACACAUGAGGGGGAGAAGAUACUGGAGAAAGCUGGUGUCUUUCAAUAUCUUUUGGAGGUGUGUUCGAUGCCUCAUCAUGAGACAUUACAGAAGCUUGUUGUUACCUGUCUGGAUUACAAGAGAGAUGGACUGGCUAGAACUGUUCUGGGAAAGAUGCUAGCAGGAUCUUCAGAGUCAAUGAGGAUAUACGCCACCAAUCACCUGCGUGUGUUGCUACGAGCUCAGACACCAUUCUUCCAUACAUGGGGUGUGGAGCUACUCAUCACCCAGCUCCACGACAAAGCUCGUACUAUCAGCAAUCUAGCUGUGGACAUCUUGGAUGAAGCGUGUGAAGAUGAUGCUAAUCUACAUAGUCUAGUUCACAUGAGACCUCCACUGCUGCAUAUGGGGGAUAAGGGUGCUCUGUUAUUGACUAGGUUCAUCUCCACCACCAAGGGCUUCAAGUACCUCCAUGACGUCAACUACGUCUCCCACGAGCUUGAGCGGUGGUACACCUACUUCAACCGCAAGUAUGUGACCUUGAUAGAGACAGAAAUCAACGAGGCUUUUACCUGCUACCAUCGUCCUCAGGUCUCCGGUGGGUUCAUCAGGAGAUCGAAGGAUGAAAGAAGACAGAGGAAAGAUGUCUAUGUCCCGGUGCAUCUCUACGGUCAGCUGGCUAAGCAUAGAAGCGGCUGUGAGCUCAUAGAGAAACAGAAUCACAUUGCAGAGAUGUGUGAGGUGAUUCGGUUUGGAGAUGUAGAGAACAUGGACACCAUUCUCAAUCUAAAAGCUUCAUUAUGGGCAUUGGGUCAUACUGGUAGCACAACAUGGGGUCUGAAGCUACUCCAACAAGAGGGGAUCAUCCCUGAUAUCAUCAGAUUAGCAGAAGAAUGCGAGGUCUUCUCUAUACGAGGGACCUGCUUCUAUGUGCUAGGCCUGAUCAGUAAAACAAGACAAGGAGCUGACAGUUUGAGCAGUCUGGGUUGGGAGAGCAUCCGUCAUUGCCGCGGUGAUUACUUCCCAGUGAUGGAAGAUAGAGACCGAGACAAUGUAUCCAACAAUCUCCCCAUCCCGUUGGAGGAGUACAACCACAACCAUCGAGAUCUCUCCUCUCCAGUUAGUUUACCCAGCUUCAGCUCUUACACAGUGGAAAGCCCUAAGACUCCAGGAGACAGCAGCACGCCAAAGGUCGACCCCAAUGUCAAGUUCUUUGCAGGGGAUCCUAGCCCUGUACAGAGUCCUCUUACGCCGGGAGGACCACCAAAUUUCUUUUUGGAGGUGACUGGAGACACAAACUCUGGAGGGGAUGCGAAGGCGCAUCCAGCCACCGAGGAGCGAUCAACAUCACCCAGCCCUCUGAUUAGACUCGGUAAAAGAGAUCGAACAAAUUCAGCCACAGAGCAGCUACCAGGAAUCAAUGAGGUGUCCGACGGAGGCAGGACAAUCGUUGUUGAUAGGGCCUCAAGGACACCAUUAUUGCGUAGAGCACAAACAAUGCCUACGAUAGAGGGCCAGGACGACGAUGAGCCUCCCCCGUUUGAUUCAGUGAUCACCAAAUUACGCAGCAAUAGCGAUGCCAGCUCAAGGAUGUGUAAGGACAGAAGCUCGGAAGGUGUGAGGUUUAAUCAGGAUGUGCACGAGAGAUCGCGAGCUCAGUCCCGCGACAGGAGCCACAGCCUGAAGCGCCGCUGCGACAGUAACGAGAGCGGCAACAGCAGCAUGGGGACCAAAAGCCGGAGCGAGAGCUUCGCCACAGACACAUCUCAGACCAGCGGUGUUGGUUCCAUGCAUUCCAAUCCAUCGAGUCCCCCUGUCGAAUCCUCCAUGUCGAGCGUAAGCACCGUCUCCAGCUCAAUGACUAUUAAGAGUAUCCAUUCCUCAGAUACACUCCGUAAGAGGCACAAUCUCAAAAGGACUCCCAGCUUUGUCAGGAGGAUAUCCAAGACUCUGUCUCCGAACCUCAGCUCCUAUUCCAAUCUUUUUGAGACUAGUGCCGCUUUCACCUCUGUGCGGGAUGCUCACGGUUACGCGACUUUGAAAGCGUUGAAGCUACAACACAGGCAGCUAAGCAGAGGAGAGGAUGAUAGCAUUAUUAAGAGAGCGUCUUCAUUUGGUAAUCCCGCUGAGAUGAAGUUACGUAGAGGAGUAUCAGGAAUGGUGGAAAGUGUGAGCAUGAGCUGUCUAGAGAGGGCGUCUGUGGUUUCGAAAGCGCCGUCUGUGAAGUCUCUUCACUCUAGUUCAUCAUCCAGCAGUAAGACUGAAUACACAGGUCUCUGCUUACCUGUGGAUGUGACACUCAUAUUCCAUUCUGAUGAAAGUCAAUACAAGGACGGUCACAGCGCCCCCGCGAGUCACGCCGUAUCCCCAGCCACCAUGACGGACAUCCACAUACCUCAGGUCCAGGUUUACAGUCCAGACUCGGGCUCCACGUCCCAAAGCAAUGCUCCACCUCACACGCUGGUAUCACCACCCAGCCACCCCUCAGACCAACAUGGUACGGACCAACAGCAAACACUGAGCAUGGGAGAUGCAGACUAUUCCAAUCUGAGAAUAGGGGAGGAGGAUGCCUCAGAAGAGGAAGAAGAAGAGGUGCAAGUGGAUAAUAAUCUGCAUCAGAUUGAGCACUGUCUAGCAUGUACGAAGGUCAGGACAAGGUCGUUGGAGAGCCAAGAUGGCGAUUCAAUCCCUCACCCCGAUGACCCCGCCUCUCUGGUCAUCUUCCAGCCUGUCGAUCCUCCUCAGCCCCUCCUCAUUCGUUCCCGUGGCAACAGCUCAGCCAGCGCCAGCAACCCAUUCGGUAGCAGCAGCUUGGACAAUACCACCCCGACCAGCGUGGGUAGCACCGGGACCAGCGUCUCGCAGUCGAGUCAAGGAGCGGUCCGGAUGCGUGACGAUACUCCCAAGGGAAGGGAGAUGAUCAGGAGGGAGGUCAUCCGAUUGGUGAUUAAGAUGAGUAGCUCGGUGGGCAUGAAGGCACACGAAGAAGGGUUGCUGGGAUUACGUGAGAAGUUUCCUCGAGCCUUUGAGAGGACGUGUUUAUUCUCUGACGUAAUGAAUCUAUUAGCAACCAGUAGCUACAGACUCUCUUCUAGGAGGUUCAUUCAGGAACUCUUCCAAGAGGUUCAUUUUCACGAGCUCCACCACGAAGCAGAGAGAAUUCUUGGCCUGGAAGAAAGCAGUGAUACACCAUCCACCUCCUCGGGAUCCUGACAUUUGACCUCCGACCUUUGACCUUUCAAUUUACUUGACCAAUAUAGACAGAAACGUUGUGCUACUGCAAUCAGUUCCUCAAGUUUUCUAGUCAUCGAGUAAACAAAAAUCAUGUGCAAUAAUUUUAAGUGAACUUUCUGCAAAUGUUUCCUUCAGAAUGGAUCUAGAAUUUUAUUGAUACAGUAAAUCGUAGAAUAGGAUUUUACUUUACAAGGAGAAGAAAAAAAUGAGCAAAGUCUUAGUGAGCUAUUAAUGAUGAUAAAGAUAUACUAAGUGUGUCGUAUCAUGGUAUUUAUUCAUACUUCAGAUUUCAUUCAUUGUUCAUGUAAAUCGCUGGACAGCACUGAUAGAUAUGCUACGCUUAAUAAAGUUAUAGGGAAUCUAGUUUUGUUGUCUUACACAGUCUAGCUAGACAAGAUAAGCAAGUUGUGCUUUGAUAUUCAAAGGCACUUACUAAUUGUGAAUGGAUCGAGGAAAAAUAAGAUAUUGUUUACUGAUUGGACAUAAAACUUUUCAGUGUCAGGUUUCAGGGAAAAUUGAUUUAAUUCUUCAAAGAAGUAAAACUGUAACUAAGUAUCUCUCUCAUUCGGGAAAUUGACUUAAGUCCUAUUCAAUUUGAUACUUACACCAAAUUCUUGAGAUAAUGGCGCAUGAUAUUUAACCUCGUACAUGCAGGACUUUCCGUGUUUUGAAUGUCAGAUUUACCCAGCUAUAAUCCUGAAGCAUUUUAUUCAAAUAAUGAAAUAGAUUUUAUUCUUUCUAUUUUUGUCAGUAUUAUAUGAUGAUGUUGGUUUCUUUUGAAUUUUGUUUGUCUUUCCAAAAUACAUUUAUGAUCAUUUUUAGCAUUGAUAGGAGGUAUUAAAAAAAGAACGUGGGGGUAAGUGUUGUUUCAAUGAAGGCCCACCCUAUACAGUGAAUACAUUUCACAACUCAAAGGUGCUUAUCAUUUAUUGCAUGUAAUUAUUCAAACAAUUACUUGUAACAUCUAGGGUUCGUGCAGAACGGGCUGUGUUCAAACGCAACUUAAAAAGUCGGAGCACAAUAUCCUAAUAGGGGUAUUUCAUUGGUUGAAAGUCAAGUUGUGUUUGAAUUUUGGAUUACCCAAAUUACACAUCAUCAUUUUGAUUUAUUAUUGAUGUCUUACCCAUAAUAGGACUGAAGGGCUUAACAAUUUUUUUUUGACAAUGAUUAUUAUGAUGAUGAUUGACAGCUUUUGUGUAGUGGCAUUUGCUUGAUUUGAUUUUUGGAGUUGCGUUUGAUCGAAAGGCCUCUGUAUUACUUGGAGAGUAUUCUUACCAUUUAGUCACCUUGAGACAGACAGGUCAUGUUUCAUGAAACCUGUCAUCAAUAAUGUAGUUACAAGCUAUUAUGUCACCCGAUUGGCUUAGAACAGUUCCGCCAUACAGUGGACCGGUUUCAUAAGACAUAUCAUCAGUUGUAGUUACAUGCUUAUGUGGAAAGCUACCAAAAUUCUUUCACCUGACUGGUUGAGAGCCAAUCUGUCGUAGAAUCUGGGCAUUUGUAAUUGAUUACAACUUUUGUGUAACGGGUCCUAGAACCGAUCUCAUGCUUUGAGGAGAUAACUCAUUUAUUCUCUUUUUAAGUAUAUUAAUGAUUGUUUCUGUCUCAUCUAUUCCCCCUGGUUAAGAGUUAAAAUGUAGAUUAAUACCUUCAUGUGUCACAUUUCACGACUGUAUUUUAAUAUAUGAACAAUACUUUAGGUAUGCAUCUCAUCAAUGGUGUGUUACCAACACACCAAAAGUUAUUUUCUUUUGACAUGAAAAUCUUUUACGCUGUAUGUGCAUUUUUAAUGCUUCAUUUUUGCAUCGCAUCACACGUAUCCUGAUAACAUCGAUGUCAAUGCACAUAAGAUUUUUUUUCUUUCAAAAUUUUACGAAAUCUUUGUAUCAUUCAUGACUGAAAUUGGAAUGUGUGCAUUGAAAUAACACAAUAUGCAAUAAUUUAGACAUACAAUUACUGGAGUAAUAUUUAACUCUGCAAGAGUGUUUCAGUGUUUUCAAUCAAUACUGAUUGUUCUAUACAUGAAACGUUACUCUGUGUAAUUUGACCCAGAAAGUGAAGGUCAUUGGGGGUUUAUUUCACAAAGAAUGAAGUGUGUCUUAUGGGGCGAUGCAAGAAAUUUGCGGUCAAUUGCAAGUCUAUUAUUGGUCCCUAAAUCAAUCAUAUAUCUUGCAAUCAAUGGCACAUUUGCGAUUGAUUGCCCAUCUGCUUCUUGAAACAAGGAUUGUGAUCUAAUUUGCUACAGUUAAAAUUGAUAUAUCAAUAUUGUCAAAUUGCAACAGAAUAUUGCAAAUGUUUUCUUGGAACCCCCCCUUAGAGUAAUGCUUAUUAUCAAUGCGCACAUUAUGUGUCACACUCAAUCUUAUUGAUUAAUGCACAUACUCUUAGCAUGAUUUGACCCAUGCAGU